UUAAGGUACAAGGGAGGGAGGCGUGGCCUUCACAAGGAAGCCGCUCCCCCCUCCGCCCCGCUUACGCGUUGCCAGGGUUACGGCGUCGGCCGGACCGGAGCCGCAGCCAAGCCGCCGAGAUGACCCAGUCCGUGACCGUGACCCGGCGGAGGCCACGCAGCCCGUCCCGGUACCGGAGGCACAUAGUGCCCAAUCGUGCCUUUGACUUUCUCUACGAUCCACUGUAUUUUCUUUCAAGUGAGCGAGACCACUUGCAAGCCACUGUCCAGUCCCACGUGCUGAACGACGAAAUGAAAAAGUUGCCCGUGUUUAAAACCAUGUUUAGCAACCUGGUCCAUUAUCCACGGUACACAAUGAAGCUGGAAGAGAAAAAUCCUGUCCCCCCCUUCAUUGACCGAAGGUGGAAAGGAAGAGCCCAGCAGCGCCUCGAGGCUCUUCAGAAGCUAUCCCUGUAA